GGUCACAGGAAGUGCCAACUUGGCAUUUUAGUAUUUUCUGUCAACGUCAAACUUUUAUUUUGUGUUAUGUUUUUUGAUAGUUUGUGUUUAUUUCGUAGUAUUUAUACAUUGACAAAGUGUAUCAAGCGGUUGUAAGAAAAAUCAUGUCAUUGCAGAAGCCUAUUGUAGCUUUUGUUCUUGGCGGUCCAGGAGCUGGAAAAGGAACACAAUGCGAGAAAAUUGUCAAGAAAUUUGGUUUUGUCCAUCUAUCAGCGGGUGAAUUACUCCGAAAUGAAAGAGAUAGUGGAUCAAAAGAUGGAAAUCUUAUUCAAAAUUGCAUAAAAGAUGGAAAAAUUGUUCCAGUUGAAAUCACUAUUGCACUUAUACAAAAGGCAAUGGAGAAAAGUAGUGUUAAAAAAUUUCUUGUUGAUGGAUUUCCACGUAAUGAAGACAAUCUUCAAGGAUGGAAUAACAGGAUGACUGGGAUUGUGGAUGUUAAAUGUGUUUUGUUUUUUGAUUGCCCGGAAGAGGAAUGUAUUAGAAGAAUUGUUGAGAGAGGAAAAACAAGUGGACGAAGUGAUGAUAACAUUCACAGCUUAAGGAAAAGAUUUAAUACUUACAAAGAACAAACAAUGCCCAUAAUAGAACAUUACGAAAAGUUGAACUUAGUAAAGCGUAUUCCUGCCACAGGAUCACCUGAUGAGGUAUUUCAAGACGUGAAAGAAGCAAUAGACUCAAUUCUCAAUUAAACUUUCAUGUUACAUUAAUAAAUUGUACGAUUGUACGUAGGUAUUUUUCUUUCUGAUUUGCUGGUGUUGAACAAUAAUAGUCGAUAAUUCUUUGUA